AUGUCUAAUUUUAAUGAAUCUAAAUCUAACCUUACACAGACUCUGUUGGUGCUGGAUCGAGAUGCACCAAUGAAGGCGGUUUUGUUUGUGACCCCAUGUGUUAUUUUCCUCUAUGUCAAUGGGGUCAUGCUCUUCACCUUGAGGAAAAAGACUGUUUUUCAGGAGGCAUCCCGCUAUAUAUUAUUUGGUCACAUGCUUUGGGUCGACACGCUCAAUCUUUUUAUGAGUGUAGUGUUGUAUAUAUGUGCUGUCAGUAGGAUUUUAAUUCUGAAAAAUAUUUGUCUUGUUCUUCUCAUUGCUGCACAAGCUCUAUUUCAAGUUUCUACCAUAAAUCUGGCUUUAAUGUCACUGGAGAGAUAUGUGGCCAUCUGCUUUCCUCUCAGACAUGCAGAAAUAACCAGUUACAGAAGAACUCACAUAGCUAUCAGUGUUGUUUGGAUGCUGGGUUUGAUUCAGUGCUUGUCUGAGAUGAUUAUUUUCUAUGCCAUUGAUUCUACAAACACAGCAAUGAAUUUGUUCUGCUCGAGAACUACUCUUUUCAGACUACAGAUCUAUAAGAAAUUUGAUAUAGCUUUCACAUGUAUAUUUUUCGUGUCAGUAUGUUUUAUUAUUAUCUUUACUUAUGCUUCUAUAGCAGCUGUGGCUAAAACAGCCGCAUGUGAUAAAGCAUCAGCCAAAAAGGCCAACAAGACUGUUCUGCUGCAUCUAAUACAGCUGGGUCUCUGUGCUGCAUCUAUUUUAGUUGGAGUUAUCCAAGAAGCCAUUUUUGUUUAUACUGACUAUAUGACUUCAUUGAAUGUGAUGUAUUUUUGCUUUUUAGUGUUUAUUAUUUUCCCCAAAUGUUUAAGUCCUCUUAUAUAUGGUUUGAGAGACCAGGCCUUCAGCUGUUUGUUUAAAUAUUACUUCACAUUUGGUAAAGGCAAAGUCAAACCAUUUAUCAUAGAGCAACAUGUUUAA